GAGAAAAAAACAAGAAAUAACCAUCAAAAUCUGAAGUGUCUUUAUCUUAAUUCUUUCUGUUUGGAUUCCAAGAAAACUUCCAAGUCUUUGUGAUCUCUUAUAAAUACACACCUCAUUAAGUACAGAUAGCACCUCCUCCUGCCUUCACUGCAAUUCACUUGUUCUCUCAGAGUUACAAAUGGCUUUCUCUAAAGCUCUUCCUUUUGUAACCAUGCUUCUUGUGGUGCUACCUAUGGUUGCUAUGGCAGAUAUUGAUGGCAACCUGACUGCUUUCUAUGACAGGUUGUGUAAAGAAGUGGAUUGCGGAAAAGGAACAUGCGUAGGAGACAAAUCAUACCCAUUGAGCUACAAGUGUGAAUGUCAAGCUGGAUGGAAGCAAACCCAAUACGAUGACGAUGAUGUUGAUGAUGAACACAAGUUCCUCCCUUGCGUGAUUCCAAACUGUACUCUGAAAUAUGGCACCUGCCAGCCAGCCCCACCUCCAGUUCCACAAAAAGAAGCUCCCCACAACAGCUCCUUCUUCGAUCCUUGCUAUUGGAUGUACUGUGGAGAAGGUCAAUGCACAAAUAAUGGAACUUAUAGACACACGUGUACAUGCAAUCCUGGUUUCGUUAAUCUUCUCAACAUCUCUUACUACCCUUGCUACGGUGCAUGUACUCUCGGAUCUGAUUGUGCUGACAUUAUUAGAAUCGCAAACUCAACAUCAACUGGAUCUGGAACUGGAACCGGUGGAAACCCUGCUAGCACCAUUCUUCCAGCAAAGUUCCAAUGGAUGAUUAUUUUGCUCGUCUCUAUGCUUAUGGCUCUGAAGUAGGAUGAGAAUUUAAGGAGGAUCCUGGCUAACCAGCAUUUCAGUUUCGUGAUAUGAGAUACUUGAUUAUACUCACUAGUAAAUUUCAUUUGGUGCAUCUUUCGAUUUGAUCAUUCACCAGAUUCUUAUGUAGAAAUUCAGUUUGUAUGCGAUUGAAAGUCGGAACACAGACCUAGAUGGAGGCUGAGUGUGUCUAUAUAACGCUACAGGAUCCAUAUGGUUUUUAUGUAGUUGUAUUGAUUAUUUAUUUAUAAAUAACUGAGCUUGUGAAAAAUAUUUAUCUA